AUGAAUAGUUCUGAUUUUAAAAAGAGCUUUAAAGAAUCGACAGAAAAUAAUAGCAACACCUAUAGACCAUCCAAAACCUUAAAUACUUAUAAAAGUCUCAAAAAUGGUAACAAUAUUGCUAAUUCCUUAAUCAUUCAAUUGAACAAUAAUGUAAACAAUAAUUUGAAUAAAGAAAAAUUAAUAAAAUCAAAUAAUAAUAAAUUAUUAAAUUUAAACAAUAAUAAUAAGAAUAAUAAUAAUAAUAAUAUUAAUAAUAAUAACAAUUUAAUUUCCAAAAAUGGUAUUCUAAACAAUAUUAUUAAAAACGAAAAUCAAAAUAAAAUUUUAAAAGGAAAUAAUAAAAACAAUUCAAAUUCAAAAUUAGAUGUUUCAAAAAAAUCAAUUUCAAAAGAAAAUGUCAAUUAUUUAGUAUCAGGAUCGAUUGCUGGAGCAAUAUCGAGAUCUGCAACAGCAGGAUUUGAAAGAUUAACGAUUAUUCAACAAGUUCAAGGUAUGUCACAAAAUCUUAGUCAAGGUUAUGUUGGAUGCAUUGCUGCUAUGAAAGAGAUGGUGAAGAGGGAAGGAUUUAAAUCAAUUUGGAAAGGAAAUGGCGCAAACAUUGUAAAGGUUUCCCCAAAUUCUGGAAUUCGAUUUUUAACUUAUGAAUUUUGUAAAAAACAUUUUUUAGACAACUCUUCAAAUCAUCCAUCUUCAUCUUCGAUUGAGAAUGGUAUUGAUGGUAAUGGUGUUGGUUGUGGUAGUGGUAGUGAAAUGAAGAUGACAGUUCCCCAAACAAUGUUUUCUGGUGCAAUGGCUGGACUUACCUCAACCUUUUUCACAUAUCCUUUGGAUGUUGUUAGAAUAAGAUUAUCACUUCAAGGAUCUUGUUCAAAUGAUUAUGCAGCUCAUCGUUAUAAUGGUAUAACUCAUAGUUUCUUUAAAAUUCACAAGGAUGAAGGUGUAAAAGGUCUUUACAAAGGUUUGGGUACCUCCAUUGCUUCAAUUGUACCUUGGGUUUCAAUUAGUUUUGCAACUUAUGAAGGUUUUAAAAUAAUUUGUAAAAAAAUGAUUUUAAAUUAUCAAAUAUCAUCAUCAUCAUUAUCAACAACAACUACAACACCAUCAUCAAUUAAUAAUAAUAAUAAUAAUAAUAAUAAAAAUAAUAACUCAUUUAUUUAUGAAAAUGAACUUGGUGAAAAUGGUAUUAAUUUAACAAAUACAUCCGGUUGUUCAACUAUGGCAUCAACAAUGCCUUCAUCGCUAUUGAUAAAUUCUGUUGCUUCUGAUGAGAAUGAAUUGAAAAAAGGUGUAAAUAUGAUUUGCGAUUUUGUUUGUGGUGCUCUUAGUGGUGCUGUUACUAUGACUGUUUGCUAUCCUUUGGAUGUUUUAAGAAGAAGAAUGAUGAUUCAAGGUAUUGGUGGUAAUAAAGUACUCUAUAAAAAUGGCUGGGAUGCGACAAAGAAAAUCUUAUCAAAUGAAGGUUUGGUUGCUUUCUAUCAUGGUAUCAUUCCUGCUUAUUUUAAAGUUGUCCCAACUGUUGCCAUUUCUUUUGCUGUUUAUGAAAUUUGUAAAGAUUUAGGUUCAAAUAAAUAUCAACAAAAAUAA